AUGGGAUUAGAUCCUCUCACAAUUCUUCAAGAAAGAGAAAACAGAUUUAAAACUUCGAGCUUCGAAAUCGAAUUGAGGUCAUUGAGACUUUUAAAUUUUCAAAGGCAGUUAAAAAGCGAAGUUACUUGUACGCGUCGCUAUACCACGCUAGAAACUGCCGUCAAUGUAAAAGCGUACAAACGAACCAAACAUCAAGGUUUGAGAGAAGCAAGAGCAACUGAAAAACUUGAGAAACAGCAAAAAUUAGAAGCGGAAAGAAAGCCAUGGAAGGAAAUUCUCAGCGAACCUUUCAUGAAAUUACCUUCUAAAAAUAAAUUACCGGAUUAUUACGACAUAAUAAAUAAACCUUUGGAUAUAAAGAAAAUAUUUAACAGGAUAGAAGAUGGAAAAUAUUCGGAUUUUGACGAUUUGGAAAAGGAUUUUACUCAAAUGUGUAAAAAUGCUCAAAUAUACAACGAAGAAGCUUCUCUCAUACACGAAGAUUUAAUCGUCCUUCAAUCCGUGUUUACGAACGCGAGACAAAGAUUGGAACAGGAUGCGGAAACGGAUGAGAAGAUAAAGGAUGGAAAUUCCGAAUCGGAAUCCGUUAGAAUGAAAAUAAAAAUAAAAAGUGGAAAAGGUGGAAGAGGAGGAGAGGGAAGAGGAAGCACGAGAAGGAGGAAAACUCAACCAAAGUACACGAAUAGCGAUGACGAAGACGAAGACGAUUGA